GACCAGUAGUUACCGCACCGCAACAGACGGUGCAUGUCUUGUCGAUGUCCGCUUAUCGACAGGCGGUUAGUGCACGUCAUGAACGCUUGAAAUUGUUCAACGUAGCCGGGAAGUUAAACACACGGUUUUUCAAUUUGAAUCAUCCAGUUUAGACGGUAAAGUCGAUAUUUGACCGAUUAAAUUUGUCGCAGCUCGGCCAACUUAAAUAUUAUCAAGUGUACGUAAUGUGCUAGCGCGUCGCAGUGUCAGUUACUCGUUAAUAACCUGUGACCGAGUAUGGUCAUUCGCUAUGUACAAGUUCAAUAAGUAAAUAGAAAUGGACUGGACAUUGUGCCUCCUUUGUGCCCUGAUAUCAAUGACAUCUAUAAGAUGCUACCGACAUAUACCCUCGCCGUACCAUCAGUACGGUCAAAUAGAGACAAACCAUGACCGACAGGGUCAUGCACAGCGAGCGAGCCUGCACGACCAAGCUACGCAGCGAAUAAGCGGUGAUCAAGCUACGCAGAGGUUAAGAGAAUGGGUAGAUCAAGCUACGCAGCGAAUAAGCGAACGAGAACAUUAUCAAGCUACGCAGCAGAUAAGCGAAAGCGACCAAGCGACGCAUCGGACAAGAGAAUGGGUCGACCAAACUUCGCAAAGGUUGAGCGAAGGAGACGACCAAGCUACACAGAGAAUGAGUGAACGCUCACUUCCCCUGGACAGCGGUCGACAGAGGCUACAAGAGUUGCAAAGAAGGAGGUUUAAUCAGGAAGAUGAGGGUCUUAGAAUCGUUAAUGUAAAUAAAAAUUCGGGGUUUAAUUCGACGCCUAGAAGAGGCAUGGUGCCGGAUCCGGUAGCAUCGCCGGACGUAGUGGUGUUCCCGGGCCCGAGCCGGCGGUCCGAUCAAACGCUGUUCGUCCCGAGCGUGCCGGAGGAAUGUCUGCGCACGGGUAUCUGCGAAGACUUGCCUGACUACCCGGAGGACCGAGUCGCCGCCAUCAUUGAGCAGCUCGGCAACGCGACGGACAAAUACAAGGUGGACGAGCUGGACACGCCUGAAAUAGCGCAGCGGAUCGGCCCGCCGGAGGAAAUGGAGCUUUGCGAGUUCUCGCUUAAGGUGGUAGUACCGAAGGCGGCUCCGGACAAAGACGGCAAUUGGCACUAUAUCCUAAACCAGAAGGACAAGCCUUUGCAGGGCUUCCAUGUUGAAAUAUGCAAAGAGGAUAAAUCCCCCUGCGCGAAGCUAGCGCACUUCUACUCCGGAUACGAAGCCAGCUGCAAGCAGAAGUACAUGCUGCGGUACAUGGCCGGCCUGAACGCUAACGGCGAGAUGGUCGAGAAGGCUUUCAGGCUACCUAGCUGCUGCUCUUGCGUUGUCCGACAAAUAGAUUAAAAGAGUCCGUCUGAGUCUGGCCGCACACGCUCGGAAUUUCCCGUACGGAAUGACAUGAGCAAGCAAGACAGCGCUAUGCAUUUGUAGAGCGACGUUCCGUUCCCACCAGUCAUUCCGUACGGAAACCGAAUGAAAAUUCAGUGCGUGUGCGGCCAGACUGAGUCUGCGCCAUGUUUAAAAAGUGACCGAGUGUGCAUGCAGUGUUGCAAGGUCCCUUAAGCCAUAAGCUACGUACCUACUUAUAAUGAAAAGUCAGAUUUUUAUUGGUGUAGUCACAUUUUAUUCUUGCAUUAUUAGAAAACCCCGGCUAAAUACCGAUAAGUCAUGAGUCAUGCACAUUGUCGCAUAAAGUAGUAUGUGCAUGACGAGUGCCAAAACUGUGUGCAAUCUAACAAAACUUUGGUUUUCAAAUGCCUGGUAAAUAUUAAUUAUAUUUCGUGUGUAGGUAUUACUUUAAAACUUACCUACCAACUGUACCAAGGUGACAUACAACUUUUUUCUUUUUUUAGUGAUAUGAAUAUUUUGAAUAAUUGAUCGUUUGUUUGAAAGCAUCAUUGUGAUAAUGAGAAAUAAAUGUGUAUGUAGGUAUAAGUACUUUUAUCGAAUAAACCAAUUUUGUACUUAUAUAAA